GCUCCGAUUGCAUCUCAUAUAAGGAUCCAAGAGCUGAGCUAUCUAGAAUUGGCGGGAAACAUUACCAUGCCCGCUUUUCCAUCCAAAACAUACCGACGGGCAACCACUGCCUCCUCUACGCUAGGGGAAAAGCUUGGUGAGGCAUAUCGGGCUAGACUUCCACGACAUCCAUUUCUGCUAUUCGGACUACCAUUCAUCAUGGUCAUUGUGGCUGGUUCCUUUGUUUUGACCCCGGCGACUGCUUUGAGGUACGAGAGGUACGACCGCAAAGUGAAACAAUUAAGCCAAGAGGAAGCGAUGGAUCUCGGUCUCAAAGGACCUGAUGGAGAGGAAGGAAUCAAAAGGAAUCCACGCAGGAGGAUCAUUGGCGAUGAUCGGGAAGAGUACUAUAGGCUCAUGGCGAAAGACCUCGACAGUUGGGAACAAAAACGUGUCCAGCGGUUUAAGGGUGAGCCAGAUGGAAGACUAUGA